AUGUCGGCGACCACUGGUAGUGAACCUGUUCAAAAACUUUCCUUACGUGUCCUCUACACUGUUAACAGCUCUCCACAGUAUAUCCUUGCAAAGAUACAUGAGCCGGUCCCGGUAAUCCGAUGCGCUUAUGCACAACAGCUACCAGAAGGGCACGAUGUAACACAACCCCAGUACGCGCAGGCGCCUCUCAAAGCUUGUCUCACAGCCAUAUGCAACUCCAGCCCAGAACUUCUACAGGACUCUUCACGAGAUUUUUCACUCUACGUCCUUGAUCCGCUUGAGGCCCAACCCGCACCCCCAAAUGCAUGUGCAAGUGGGUCUUCGCCGCGUGGUGUAGCAGUCGCCUUGGGCCUCAUGUCCUGUGCCCUUGAAUCGGAGGAGUCUGGAUGUAUCCAUGUCACGGGGACCAUCCUUCCGGGGUCCGCAGCACUUGAAGUGGUGUUUCGCUUUACGAGAGACAAAGCGCGUACGGAAAUCCAUGCUAACUCGUUGUCCUUUCAACCUGCACCUGUCCCUCAGCCAGAGCAUGCAGAACCUCAAACAUUCAGCAAAUCUGCCGAUUUUCCAGAGGUGUACAUAGGUCCGCCUCGACGUGGCCCCGGGCGUCCUGAAGGCUCAAUGUCUUCCAAAUCCAGGUCGAAGCCAAAACGGGAGACUAGUGUACCAUCUAUUGGAAUAGCCAACCAUCAGAUGACAGAAAAUGUCCGAGAGAAAACAGAACCACUGGUCUCUUCCUCUCUCGGUUCGAACCCCAACAAGAAAACGAAGACGAGAGUGCGCAACCCACCCACACCAUACAGCUACGCCAAUUUAUCUCCCACUGUCCCCCAACACACACCUCAAACUCAACAUGCACCCCAAUCACAGCAACCUCCGCGACAGGAUAAUGGACAAAGCGCCCUCUUGGCUUUGUUUUCCGCUCUAUCGUCUACCGCUCCCACGCCGGACUCGACAACCGCAAACCCGCCAGCACAGAAUGCUACUUUACUAAUGGCACUCGCGCAAUUCAUUUCCACUAAUCCCCAGGUCCUAAAUUCUGUUCCCACUGCAAGCGCAGCCGUUCCCCGAAGCUCCUCUGAGAAGAAAGAGGAUAUUAAUGAGGCGGACGACGGGGACUCUGACAUCAUCAUACUCGACUCAUCUGUCGUAGACCCCACGGCGUUCCGCAAACGAGCUAGUGAUUCGGCCUCUGAAAUGGUGGAAUCCUAUCCGAACACACAAUAUCUACUUGCGUCGGACACCCUCAGGAAACAACUCCGGCUUCCUCGAUUCGUACCCCUGAAAGCGAUUCCAGUCGUUCUUAUGGUCAUGAACCUGAGACCCCAACUUCCAGUAACCCCCACCUCGACACGAAUUGGGAAGCGCUCGCGGCUUGAUCAAAGUAAUGAUCGUCUUCCCUCUGCAAUGGCGCACCUCCGCACUUCUCCCUACGCUGGCCGCAGGAUCUCCGGUUCCGGGCGAGAUAUUGGUCCCGGGAAUAUCAAACUCGCAGACUCUUCCCCACCAGAGCGACUCCCUUCGAUGCUAAGCACCAUACGCAAACCAUCCUCUUCUCGUCGAACUUCGACUUUAUCCAACUGCCGAUCCCCACUGUCCGUAAGCGACAUGAUCUCUCAGCAGUAUUCUCCCUCCACUUCUGCAACCUCACCGCCGUCUUCUCAGACUGCAAGCUCACGAAUAUCGACUUCUGUAAGCAAGCCUGGUCCGCAGACGAUUAAGUCAACGGUCUUGCGUAAGCGUACCCUUGGAGAGUUCAUGGCUGAACAGGAGGCUCGUCGCCAAGACAAAUCAAAGAAACGGGAGAGCACCAGGAGAGUGUCAGCUGCGCGCCAAGGUUCCGACAUUACGCAGGCCACGCAAUCGGAGACCUCUCCCUGUCGCUACAUAUCACUUGGGAAAGUACAGUUGUCUCGCGCAGGUUACAAACCACGCUCUUCGUCUUCGCAGUACUCGGCGUCCACGCAUGCAGGCCCGUCAGCUACGGCUCCACCACUUCACAUUUUAGACAGUUCGGAGCCAUCGACACAGAAACCCACUGCCAUUGCCGAAAAUCCUCUGAAAAAAUUUAUUCUUCCAGCUUGGGCUCGUACUAAUACUGCCACCCUUCCACGUUUAUCCGAGGAGGCACUGGCACGACGAAAGGCUGCUGAAGAAAAGAAAGAAAAAGAAGCUGAACAACGCAGACGAGAAGCAAAGGAAAGGAGGCGUAAAGGGGGGUUGCACACUGUCUACCCAACUAGGAGGCGAAAAGUAGUGGUACCAUCCAAAGAAUCGUCGGAUGGUAGUGAUGACGAAGAUGCUAGUAAGGGCCCAUGUCGCUCCCCAGCGCAAGGACAUGUUCAUCUUGCUCGCCCUAUGUCGAGUAUGCCAAAACAAGAGAACCUACCAUCCCUCCCAGUAUUUGCUUCCGAUGUGAUUCCCAUCUCCUCAUCAUCUCCCAAAGCAUGUCCCGUGCUUCUUCCUAGUACCCCUUCACGACGGAAGCUCACGAAUGCCCACUAUGGCUCCGGGAAGGUGGACUCCGACAAGACGGGUCAAGCCUCUUCCCCACCUAGUGGGUCGGGCCCACUGCGGACACCGUCGGCAGCAGAAGCCGUGUCCACCCCUGGAACUGGGGCAGGUUCUCUGUUUUCCCCUUCUGGGUCGCUGUUUACUCCAAGCACUCCUACAUCCACGGCCCGAUACACGUUUACCCCUAAAUCACCGUCUGCCCACCGCCGUUCAGCUCUGUACACACCGUGUAGGGAUGCCACACAGAUGAUCUCACGCACUCCGAUCCAUCGGUCGCCUCACCACACUCCGGGAAAGCGCUUGUGCAAGUAUCUUGGAGGCUCUACCUCUCAUAAGCCAACGAUACAAACAAGCUCUGGCUCACCCACCUCCCACGCUCAAACAGCAAAUAUUCAGGUCACUGCGAGGACAUUUAUUGGACCACCUCUGGUUCUGAAGACGCCCACCCGGAAAAAUACAAGGACAACCACGUCAUCUUCUACUCUAUCAGGUGCACCGCAGAACUCGCCAUUGUGUGCGACUCCAUUCAACAGCUUGUCUUCUGGUGCCUGGAAAACCAAUGAUCCAAGCUGGGCACGACAACCAGUAAAUGUUUCCCAGAAAGAGAUGUUGAACAAGGAACCGCAGGAGGGGUCGCUUGGACUGCACGCGAUUUCGCAACCUUCGCGUGAGGCUAACGGUCAUAACAGUGAACUUCCUGAUGGGAAUCAACACUGAGCAGCAUCUUGAGGGUGAGGGGAAUCCCGAGCAUCAAAGCAUCCCUUCGGUCGACGGAAGUGAUGAGUGCGAUGACGAUGGUGGACAGAGCGAGGACUCGCGCAUGCCAUCAAGCCCCCUACCUCCUUCCUCCCCACUUCCGCCUACGAGUCCGCUUUCAAGCCCUGUGAAACGACUUCACGUUGGACACGAUAGCCUGCUAUCCGACUCGGACACCCUACCUUUUACCACAUCGGGGGAGCUUAGGACCGCACCGAGGUCCGACAACGAAUACUGGAGAAGCUCCUGGUCAGUCUGACCCGGAUAGCGCGCUGCUUACGGAAACGGAGGGUGGUGCUGCCUGGUUCACAGAUAGCGAAGACACAAGCGUGGUUCACGGACUCCGAUGCAGCAUGGCUUACGGAUUCUGAUGCGGACGUGGUUUACGGACUCCGAUGCGAUUUUUGGUGAUAUAUCCUCGUCUUUACCGCCG